UCGUGUGUUCUGUGUUUAGUUUGUAACCACCACAGCAACGUGAGCGCGGGAGUGAAAACCGUCCUAAAACCGGUUAAUUUUGAACAACUAUAGAAUUUUCAUAUACAUAAAUAUAGUGUACAGUUCCACUAAUAAUGAGAGCAAACGUGAAAUCUUCACCCUUACAUAAAACCGUGCAACAGCCCAAGACAACAAUGGCAGACCGCGGACCGAGGCCAGCAGAAGUUCCAGUGCUAAAGUUAGAGACCCUGCACGGAGCGGAAGAAGAGCAUCCUGCCAUAAUUCCAAAGGAUGCUGCUAUCAAGAGUGUCACAGGAGAGCUGUCAGGCAUGAGUUGGGGCUCUCCAGCCUCCACACAGUCAAAGCAGAUGAAAGACUCAAUUAAAAAUCACAUGCCUGCUGUGGAUCAUGGAGAAUCACUACAGCUGAGCCACAGAGUCCAGGCACAGAGAAGUCCACUGUACAGUCACAAACCAAACCUGGAUCCAUCUACCUUCACCUCUAAAAACACAGCACAACCUAUCUACAACCUGUCCAACACUGUACGGCCCAACAGCAAGAUGAUGGAUGCGGAGGGGCUUACCGAGGAGAGGAAACUGCAAGCAGUAAUUGAGCAGGUUAUGGUGGACCAGCUGUCGAGGGCUGUCAUUAGCGAUCCGGAACAGAAUGCUGUGUCUGCCAGUCCCACGAGUGUCCCACCACGCUACAGGAGAACUCUUCACCACACUAAGGUAAAAACUCGGAUGUCUUUAACGGAGAACACCUUAUCCAACAAGCUCUGUUUUCAAGCUAGGAUUUUAUCAAGGUGUGGACGUGAGGCUUGCCGAAAACUGAUUGGCUUCUUUUUCACAUGUGACCAAACACUGACCGUGUACGAGUACCGAAAUUUUGGGAAAAACAGAUGGAACGCGUUGCCCUUUAUCGCUCGUGGUGUGUAUUUGAACAGAGGGAGGCCGUACUGCCUUCAAGACAUCUCACAGGGUGCCGAGCUUAAAUUCUGUACAGACGACCCACACCUCCCCCAAAGUCUGAGACACCAGCCGUGCCUGACUCUCAGAGUUACUGAUGUGGAUGACACAGCCAAGGGAGCCCUGCUAACUCAGUCUGGGGAAGGUCUACAUUGUCUCUCUGAAGAGGAAAUCAAUGAUCGAAACACUUUAAAGGCAAUUCAAGGUGCAGUGCGCGAUCGGCUGAGGGGACAUGCGAUCCAAACCCUAAUCAAUCUAGUAAGGGAUCUGCAGAACUUAGAUAUAAAGACUGAUAGUGUUCAGCAAAAAGUUCUGCUCAGACAAUUUCUGAUGGAGCAACUGUGCCUUACUCAACAGGACUUUGAGGCGGUGUGGAGGAUUGUGGGUCGGCGUGCAGAGAGGCGGGUGCACCCCGCUGAUGUGAUGCGUGCCGUUACUGGGGAGAUGAGCGAGAACAGAAAAGCCGUUUUCCUGAAGGUUUAUGUAAAGCUUGACCCAAAUAAAACCGGCUCCAUCUUCCUGAGCGAUAUUGAAAAAUUCUAUAGAGGCAAACAAGAGUCUGACGCUGCACACGAAGCCGUUCCGAAACCUGACAUUCUGGCCUUCGUACGGGAAGCAGGAAAGGUCACCAAGACUGUGUCAUAUGCUGAGUUUGAGGACUAUUACGAGGGUCUAAGUAUUGAAAUCUCUGAUGAUGAAGAAUACAUCAACAAUCUGAGAGCUACCUGGAGUAUCUGAGACUAUCUGACUAUUUUAU